UUCUAUUGCAGAACUUUUCUGCUCAGUUGGAGAGAGAUAUCUUAUCUUCAGACAUGUCAGCAUUUAAAGCAGCAAAUCCAGAUGCCGUUUUUGAAGAUUUUAUUCGGUGGCAUUCACCUGGAGAUUGGGAGAAUGAUGUCGCUCAAGAAAAUGGACCAAUUAAAAAUCUUGCAUUGGUGGAUUCAAAGAAUGGUUGGCCUCCACGAGGACGGCUUUCUCGAAGAAUGUCUGAGCAUGGAAAUUUAUGGCGAAAUAUUUGGAAUGAUGCACCUGCUUUGCCUGCUUCGGAACAGAAGCCACUCCUGGACCCCAACAGAGAAGGAGAAAAGGUCCUUCAUUACCUGGAAACAUUACAACCACAUCAGUUGCUUGAGCAAAUGGUUUGCACUGCCUUCAGAGCUUCGGCGGACACUUUAAACCAGACUAGUUAUGGAGACUUGAAGCAGAUGACAACCAAAAUGGAUCAACUUUACCUUACUAUGGCAUCUGUGUUGAAACCUUUGCAAGCAAAUCGUUUAUCUGCCGGCAGUGAGAUUAUUGGAGACUUAAGAAGGCUUUGUGGUAUUCUUGAACAUGUUGAGAAGUUACUAACUGUUGCAGCUUCUCUUUAUAGCAAGUUCUUGCAAGCACCACGCCUUUCUGAAGCAAUAUUCAGUGACUAUUACAACUAUUAUCUUCCCAGAAUGGGAACAGGCUCAGUAGGGGAGAAUGUUCAAAAGGAGUUUGACAAGAAGCAGCAAGUAAGGAACCAUGAGAGGGCAGUUGUGUCAAAUAUAUUUACACUACCCACUGCAAACCAGUCAUGGAGAAAAGUUUUGAGCAUGGGUAAUCUUCUCAAUGGCCAUGAACCAGUCCUCAGGGAGAUCAUAUUUUCCCUGCGCGAUAGAGUGAGUGGCAAUCACUACGCUGCCCCUACUCCUAGGGUUUAUCAACAAGAAAUCGAAACAUACCGUAUGUAUAUAUGUGGAACCUCAAAUGAUCUCCGGGUAGCCCUUUCUGUUGUCUCGUGCGAUUAAUCUUCUCAAAGACAAUUUAUAGUAAUAUUUAUGUUCACUGGAAAUUCAUUUCAGCCAUUUCUUCAUCCUGUCCCUUUCAUGAGACUGCAUAUAGAAAUCCCGUUGAAAUGAAAUUGGUUCAUUCUGCUUUA